CCAUGUCCUAGAAGAAGGUAUUCUAGAUGAUGUAUCCGCCAUUUUUGGUCUGCAUGUCGACCCAAGUCUUCCAGUGGGUACCGUCGUCUCCAGGCCAGGGCCAUUCAUGGCAGCAUCGGGACGGUUUUUGAUAACGGUCACUGGGAAAGGCGGUCACGCAGCAAUGCCACACAAUGCUGUCGACCCCAUCGUCAUGGUAUCCUCUGCCAUCAUCAGCCUCCAACAAAUCGUAGCUCGGGAGAUCGAUCCCCUCGAAGCCGCGGUCGUCUCAGUAACAUUCAUGAAAGGAGGUGAUGCUUACAAUGUCAUUCCUGAGUCAGCUUGCUUGGGUGGCACCUUCAGGAGCUUGACAACAGAAGGUCUUUCAUAUCUUAAGAAGAGGAUCAAGGAGAUUGUGGAAGCGCACGCCGUCGUGAGCCGCUGCACUGCCACCGUCGACUUCAUGGAUGAGGAGCUCCGGCCAUACCCAGCUACCGUCAAUAACGAAGGGAUGUACGAUCAUGCCAGAUCAGUGGCAGAGGCUAUGCUUGGAGAAGGCCACGUCAAGAUGGGUGGCCCAAUCAUGGCCGCGGAGGAUUUCUCCUUCUACACGCAGAGAUUCCCAGGGGCAUUUUUCAUGAUAGGAACCCGCGACGAGGCCAUGGCAACCGCGGUGCAUCCACUCCACUCCCCCAACUUUGUGAUCGAUGAGGGUGUGCUCCCGUUGGGUGCUGCCUUCCAUGCUGCUGUGGCGAUGGAGUACUUGAACAAGCGCGGAACCGUGGCAAACUAAACUAAAUUACUGAUGUUCGCUUGAAAUUUAGGAUGCCGCAGUUGGCAGCCUGCCGAUAAUUGUUAGGUCGGGUGUGGGCAUUCAUAGGUACGUAUGAGCAUAAUAGUUGUUAGGAUGUGAUUGCGACAUGGAGCUAAGCUUAUGAGUGUUUACUGUUGUAAGAGCCUAACCUCAGUUUUCAUUGUGCAAAGCUUUGCACGGCGUGAGUUGGCCUGGUUAUGCAACUCCUUCCAUUCGAAAGACAACUCGGAAAGUAAACGUUAGUCUCCACUUUUUAAUUGAAUAUAUUGAUUUGGAUACAAAA